AUGAGAUCUGGGACUACGGAUAAAGAGGGUCCCGCGGAAUUUCGAACAUGCCCCGGUCAUUCUUCGUCACAGGAAUUAGCGAUGGUGCGUGUCCAGAAGAGAUUCACUUUCGCUGGCACCUUAAUAGCUCUACUGGAAAGGUUUCACGACAAGACGAUAGUGUUCCCCGAAUGCGCCUUUUUACAACUGUGGGAUCGCGGAGGACGUAAACUCUGGAUCGUAAGUGCUCACGCACCUACGGAAACCGCUGAGGACAACAGUAAGGACGCCUUCUAUGAUGAACUCAAUGCGUUGAUGUCUAAAAUACCAAGCCAGCAGCAAUCCGAUGUGCUAGGAAAAUGGUACUAUGCAGCGGAGCGCACGUCGGACAACGGUGACCGUCUGGUCGACUUGUGCGAACAGACAGGCCACAUCAUCGCUUCCACGUUUAAGAGGAAUCAUCGACGCCAGCAGCUCACGUGGCAGGGGUCAACCCUUUUAACGCCUGAAGACCAGCGCAGGCGAAAGAUGAGAACUCUUAAGCUUCAGCUCGACUACGUUCAGGCGAGGAACAUUCCUCAGUCAGAUAUCCGAAACUCUAGAGCUGUUUGGGACGUCGCGUUCGACUCUGACCACCGUCCAGUUCUUCUCAGCUUCAAGAUACGGUUCUACAAGAGAAACCGAGGAGUUCCUUUUCAACUGAAAAUCGACAUGGCAGGUCUGAAGACGAUGAAUGCAGAACAAAAUGCCGCCAACGUGUGUCUAUUCAUGUUGGAGUACGGACCAGGAAGAAGCUUAGCGAUGCUGAUUCCUUCACAAAGUGCAUCCAGGACGCUGCAAGGGGAACGCUCCCGAGCUGGUGACUUCAACCAGGAAAAGCGUCUUAGAAGGAAGAUGCGUCAUCAACUGCAACAAGACCGCGAUAACGAGUGGACGUCAAGAGCGAUGGAGUUUGAGAAGUCGUGGGAGGACAGGAAUCCGCGGAAAGCCUAUGCUCUACUAAAACAGCAUAGCGGCAAAAUGAAAAGAUGUUCCCCUUUCCUCAACACUGCCAAUGGGGUAGCUGUCGGUGAAGCAACCCUUCCAAUUUGGGAGGAACACUUCAGGACCUUGCUGAACCGGCUAGCACCGUCAGCUCCUGAACUCGAACACCGACAUAUGCGGUUAACGAGGAGCCACCGACCGCGUCGGAGGUCCUGGUCUGUAUUCAAGAAAUGA